AUGAACGACCAAACCGUAGAUCCGGGUGAUGCCACCCAAGGGAUAGAGAAAUCCGGGUCUAAAAAGCGCAAUAGGAGGAGAAUGAGACCCAAAGCGAAGAAGGCAGAGGCUUCCAAACAAGUAAAUAAAGCUGAAGUGCCAGCUUUAGCAACAUCUAUGCAAUCGCCACAAUCGCAACCACAUACGAAUGCUCGGGAACUCCGACAAGCUGUCCCAAUGUUACCAUAUCAUCAGACAGGCGGCCGGAUUCCGAGCUAUCAGGCCCUAAUGAGCACCGGGCCUGGGCUUUCAGGUAUAGGAUCACAACUGGCGACUAAACCUAAAGGCAAAGGUAAGGCAUUCCAGGUUCAACAGUCGCGACAAUUUCACGGAAACCCUGCAGCCCGCCCUGAUGCCAACACUCAGCCUGUCGAUCGUGGGAGCAAAAACAUCAAUGACGACUUCGACAAGCUGAACCUAAGGACCGAGAAUCCUUUUCUUUUGACUACAGACCUCCGAGUUCCACAUAGAAGGCCUGCCAAGAAGUAUUUUACAGAAGACGACCCAGACCGUAUCAGGCUUUCCAAAAAAUGGGUCCCUGAGGAUCCUGCGGAUGCGACAGGCUAUAGAGAUGGCUGGACACAACGGGACCAUAAGAUGGCGCAGAUUGUCCUCCCGCCACCUCUGCCAACUGAAGAAUAUCUUCAAGCGGCUCGCACUCCGACCAGGCCAGUCGACAAUCCGACCAAACGGAAGCUUCUUGUUAUACUUGAUCUCAACGGCACCCUUCUCUGCCGUACAAGAAUGCUUAAUGGGUGUAGAGACAAAUACAACCCAUGGCCUCGGACAAAUCUCCCGCCUUUCUUAGAUUAUCUUUUCCGAGAGCACCACGUCGUAGUGUUUUCGUCUGCAAUGCAAGGCACUAUUCUUAAUCUACUGAAGGCUACUAUGGCUAGAGAGCAUCGCAGCAAGAUUCUGCGUAUAUUCACUCGAGAAGAUAUGGACAUUCCUCACAAGUACUUCAAGUUAAAGGUUUCGACAUUCAAGCGGCUAUCCAUGGUAUGGGAUGCACUUGCAGACCAGGAUAGCAAUUGGCAAUUCGACCAGACCAAUACCGUCUUGAUGGAUGAUAGCACCGAUAAGGCUUCCUCAGAACCCCAUAAUCAUUUGUUGGUUCCGGAAUAUACAGUAGAUAUUCACAACGCCGGUGGUGACGAAGUCCUCGGAAACAUCGCAGGGUACCUAGAGGAGGUAAAGAAAUGGGAAAAUGUCAGUGCAUAUAUUCGGGAGAACCCGUUCGAUAAAGACCGGGAUUACCCGAAACCCGAGGGAUGGGUCCCUCAUAUGGAUGUUUACACUCCCGGGCCCUCAUUCGAUCCAAACCCUGGAUACAUUAUAGAAGGUCAAGAACCCCCUAACUCAAAUUUCUAUUGA